AUGGCUGCGCUCUCCACCGUCAUUAGUGCGGUGGCAACCACAGAGCAGAAGCUGCAGGUGCCCCACGGCGGCAAACUCGUAAAUUUGAUGCUUGCUGACAGCGCCAAGGAGCAGGCAGUGGCCAGCUGCAGCAAGGAGCUUGAGCUCAGCGACAGGAAUGCAUGCGAUGUGGAGCUCCUCUGCGUCGGGGCCUUCUCACCACUGGAGGGCUUCAUGAGCGAGCAGCAGUACCUGUCAGUCGUCCAGAACAUGCGCCUGCCGAACGAUCUGCUCUUUGGGCUUCCUGUGGUGCUGGACACAAACUCGGAGGACUACCAGCCGGGCGACAGAGUGCUGCUCAAGUACCAGGGGCAGUCGCUGGCCGUGUUCACAGUGGAGAGCAAGUGGGUGCCCAACAAGCCGCUCGAGGCCAAGAACUGCUAUGGCACCACCUCCAUCGAGCACCCCGCCGUGCAGAUGAUCUCCAUGGAGCGCGGCAAAUACUACAUGGGCGGCAAGGUGGAGGGGCUGGAGCUGCCGAAGCGCGUGUUCCCGUGCGCGACGCCGGCGGAGGUUCGCGCGACGCUGCCAGAGGGGCGCGACGUGCUGGCGUUCCAGUGCCGCAACCCCAUCCACCGCGCGCACUACGAGCUCUUCAUCCGCGCCCUCGACGCCCCCAACGUCAGCCCCGACUCCGUCUGCCUCGUCCACCCCACCUGCGGGCCCACCCAGGACGAUGACAUCCCAGGCAUCGUGCGCUACCACACGUACGAGGUGCUGAAGAAGGAGGUGAACAACCCGCGCCUGCGCUGGGCCUACCUGCCCUACUCCAUGCACAUGGCCGGCCCGCGCGAGGCCAUCCAGCACAUGAUCAUCCGCAAGAACUACGGGUGCACGCACUUCAUCAUCGGGCGUGACAUGGCGGGCUGCAAAAGCACACUUUCAGGCGAGGACUUCUACGGCCCCUACGACGCACAGGACACAGCCAAGGCCAAUGCCAAGGAGCUGGGCAUGGACACCGUUCCCUCCCUCAACAUCACCUACACUGAGGAGAAGGGUUAUGUCACUGCUGAUGUGGCGGAUGCAGAGGGGCUCCACCAACUGAAGCUGUCGGGCACCAAGUUCAGGAAAAUGCUGCGGGCAGGAGAGGACAUUCCUGAGUGGUUUGCAUUCAAGUCGGUCGUAGAUGUUCUGCGCAACGAGACAAGCAAUUGAGAAUGGGCACGGCUGUGAACUUAUCUUUUGUUGGCUGAGGGGCAUUGCGGGUACAGUUGUCUGACAGCAGCAGUGUCUUGGGUUCAUGGGAUGUUACAGUAUUUUUUGGAUAGUGUUCCAACAAGUUGCCAGUUGGGUCGUGCCAAGCAUGCACUGCAAGCGGUGCAGGACAGUUGGGGUGGAUCUGCACUGAAAAACCAAAGUUCUCAUGCCCUUCUUUUUCCUGGAUCUUGUUGUGUCUGGCUUCGAUUCAAGGGCUCUGGCCCCUGAAACGUGCUGUAGGCACAUUGAAUACAUACCAAGAGAUAUCUCAGGCCGGCUGUGAUGUUGGGACACAAAGCUGGACAUAAAAGUGGCAACCUGGAAAUAUGUCAGUG